CGAGAACACGACUCGCUGUCUGUCCGGAACCAAAGUCACGAAUUUGUCGUGCGAUAUCGUCGUCUCCUCGCCGCUGCCGCCGCCGCCGUCUAUAUCACCUCCUCCUCGACUGUUCAGGUGUUACUCAGGUAUCAGAGCUGGAAAUACAGUGAUUAUAUAAGAGGCGUGAAGAUCGGCGGCGGCGGCCCCGAAACAGAGAGAGAGAGAGCGAGCGAGCGAGGGAGGAGGAGAGAUUCACAAAUUUAGGGGCCGAGUGGAAAUGGAAAAAAAGAGAGAGACGGCGAGAUUGGAUGGGGGAGGGGCGGGUGGAAAAGGGGAGGAAGUGGGUGAAGGGUGGGGCGGGGGGAGGAGGACGAAAUGAGACCAAAUUUUCUUUGGCAAUCUCCGUGUUCCUGCUGCAGGUGCUGGGGCCAUUUCACUAACGCAGGGCCAGACGCCACCGCCGCCGCCGAUGUCAUUAGUUGGUGAGCCCCAGGUGAAUUUGCCGCAGUUCCACAUGAUUAACCCAGAUAAUUGUGUGUUGAUAGCGAGCAUGGUCGAUGGAAUACAAUUUUCAGGCCCAGAUUCCUAAACAAACAGCUCAGCAGCAGCAGGAGAAGAAGAAGGAUAACGGCGGCGGCGGCGGCGGAGGAGGCGACGCGGCAGCCGCGACACUUGUGAUGCUCGAUGCGUUCACAUGCGCAGGUUUACAAAGAGAGAGAGGAGGAGGAAGAAAAGGAGCGUCCUGGAGAGGCGGGGGAGUCGGGUCAGACGUGCGUGACGCCGAGAAAGAGCCGACAGGAAGUGGAAAAGACGAACAAAACCAGAAACUGCCGACAAAAAAAACAGAAUCAAAG